UUGAUAAACCAUGAAGCCUGCAUCACUUACCCUCUUUUUCUUCCUCUUUGCCUUAAUCACCAACCUUCCAUUAGCCUUCUCACAAGCUGAACAAGUGACGGACACAAAUGGAAACCCCAUUUUCCCUUCUGGAAGAUUCUAUAUUUUACCAGCUAUAUUUGGUGCAGCAGGUGGUGGAGUAAGACUUGGUCAAACUGGGAACUCAAAUUGCUCAGUUACUGUAUUGCAAGAUUAUUCUGAGGUUAUCAAUGGCUUGCCAGUGAAAUUCAGCAUACCAGGAGUAAGCACUGGUAUUAUUUUUACAGGCACACCAUUGGAUAUUGCAUUUGAAGAGAAGCCUGAGUGUGCUGAAUCAUCCAAGUGGGUGGUGGUUGUUGAUGAUUUCCCUAGAGAAUGGGUUGGUAUUGGUGGUGUUGAAGACCAUCUAGGAAAGCAGAUCCUAAAUGGUACCUUUAAUAUUCAGAAAUAUGAUUUGGGAUACAAGCUUGUGUUCUGUCCCACAAUCACUGAUGUUUGUUCUGAUAUUGGGAGGUACGAUGAUGAGAAUGGAAGGCGUUUGAUCCUGAUCACUGAUGAUGAUGACCCCUUUCAAAUUGUGUUCUUAGAUGCUGAUGGCACUGGAAGCUUCAUAGUUUGAAUAAAAUCUCCAUGUUAGCUUUGAAUAAUAAUUGGUGUAAUAAUACUUAUUGUGAUGUAUAUAUUGUCGCUGGAAUUUACAA